GUCCACGAUCAGCACAUAUCUGGGCGGGCGGAACCCAAACAGACAGCCAGUGUUUCUGGUAGUGUUAUGAACUAAGUUUGUCUACUGUUAACUGUUUUCUUAGUGGCGGUAUUGGAGGAAAAUUGUUAAUUGAAAGGUGUUAAUUGAUUUGUUAUAAGCAGUUUUAAACCUACAGGCCUCAGCUGAGAGGGGGACAUGGCCUCCACUAUCGAGAACACCGACGUGAAGCAGGUAAGACACACCUUACCUUGGGGUCUGUCCCCAACAUGAGAGACAACAUGAACCUGCGGAACACACCGUCCACGUCCAUUAUUCCCAUCUUUACAGGUAUAACACGUGAAUGUUACAGGUCGAAUUUAUCAUAGUAAGAGGACAUUUUAAGACUUAUUUUAAAAGUUACAUUUAUAUUAUAGUGAAUGCUAUAUGUGCCGAAUUUAUCCUAAGACAUCAAGCUUCAAAGUUAAUCAUCAAGUAUUCUCCCUGCAGUGUAAAUAACUUUUAAUAAGCAACAAAUUCUUAAUUUGCACGUUUUGUAAGAGGGUUUUGGAUCAGUAGUGAAUGGUUCAGGAAUUAUUGCAGCUUGUGGAAAUCUGCAGAUGAACCUGAAGUACAGAGUGAGUUAAACUCUUUCCUAGAACAGAAAGAGCAUGCAUAUUGUGUUAGUUUUCAGUCAUUUGUCGAUAUUUGUAAGAAAACUGAGGUUUAAAUUGUGUUUAAGCUGUAAAUUCCAAGUUUGGACAUUUUAACCACAUUUCAGGCUGGUUCAUAUGCUGAUUCUGCUCUGGUCUGUUUGAGAUUUCAUAUUACACCUUUCUGUGCUCUUUUCAUCAGACAUUUACAUGAAAACUAAACAACUGGAAGACAAAUAAACAUGCAAUAACAAUAAACAAUAUUUGAUGUCCCUCUGCAGAAAGAUCCUGACCGGGCCGUGGUUGUGGCUGUAACGUCUCGUGAAGUGUUUGAAGAUGGAGCUGAAGGAGACAUUUUAGCUUUGAGAGAUGACAUGGCAAGAAAGCUGCUUAUGGUGAGAAUUACAUCCUGAUGUGCCCAACCUAAACUCGUUUUUUCAGCCUCAGAUUUUACAGCCUGUCCUGUUGUCAGAGGGUCAAAUUGUUGCGCAGGGUUGUAAAAUUAUUCCAGUUUACUGCAAUGGAAAUGUUUAAUAUUGUUAUGAUUUUAUCUCACAAACAACAUGAGAAAACCAGAACACCAGCUGUGCAUUAAUGCGUAAUUUCCUCCUGUUUUCAGUUAAUGCAUGAAAUGAAUGAGCGUCUGCAGCAGGAAUCUGCUAAAGAGCUUCUCCAGUUUGACGUUGUCCUGAUCACCACUGACAGCCAGCAGCAGCAGCAGAGCUCCAGCAUCAUUAGCAGCACCAAACACCACGGUCAUUUUACUUUAACUACAAACAGAGGCACCAGAAAUCAUGGAAAUGUUUCUCCUAACUGUUACAGGAGAGUUGACUCUCUGCUGCUCUGUUGCAGGUCUUGAAAUCAGCAGAUUCUGUUUUGCCAACGAGGAGGAUUUCGUGGAGAGUUUGCAGACAAAUAACGUUCAGCUUUUCUUGACUUCAGACAAAAGUGAGGCGUCGCAGGCCACUCAGAAAGGUCAAGUGUCCACUUUACCUUCAUCUCCAGCUUUAUCAAAACAAAUAUUCACUCAAAAAUAAAGUAUUUAUCACACAACUGGAUUUGAACCUCAGUUUUGCAUCCUUUCCUGUUGUUAUUGUUCAGAUGUUUGGCGUCUUUGUGAAAUGAGAUGAUAAGUCGUCCGUCUUGUCACUGAUCCAGGUGUUCUCUCAGCACUGCUGGAUCACCAAGAAGCUUCCCCUCCAUCUGAUCAGCUCAGAAUAAUGUUCUGUGAGGACGCUAUCAUCCAGCCCGACACCGGACCGACACCAGCAAACAGGGAGGCCAUUCAGGUAAUCUCAGAAACAUGCAGCUGCAGACUUACACCGGUAUCUCACAGGACGUUUAAAAAUAAGAGACAUAGGUAAUAUUUCUCUGAUCUGAUUGGAGGUAUACAGAGAUCCACAGUCAGGAUUUCCCUCUCUCCUUCUGCAGGGUUUUGCGGCUCAGCUUGGUGAGAUUCGGCGCAGGUUUAGCCUGGCUGACAGUCCUCUCUGCUUCAUCCUGGUGACGGCGCACGGCAGCAAAGACAGCUGCGCCAGCUCCCUGCUAACCCUGCGCUCCAGCGGGAUAAGCGUGGACGAGGCGUACUGUCUGGCCGGGGCCCCACGGGACCCCAUCAUGCCUCUGCUCCAGCCUCACUUUACCAUCAGGAUCAGCUUCAGCGACCUGGAAGAGUGACAACAGGAGGUGGUGUCACAUGACCUGACAGACAGCCUCACUGGUACAGUCUCAAUCUCCUGAGCAUGGCGCACUCUCAGACUUAAAUGGGGUCAGGUGAGCAGAGGGACAUGAAUCUGUGAGAGCGUCACAUGGUAUAAAAAAAAAACUGGAAUUAGACACACUUCCACGUCAGUCCUUUGCAGUUAUUUAGCUGCAGAAACAUAAAAGUUGAUUGGAUAAAACCACAACAUGGAUUAGGUGCAAAGUCGGCUAAAUUUCACUAAAGUAAAAGAUAAAGAAGAAAAUGCGAUUCCUGCUGUAGAGAUGUUUUUGCAAAUUCUGCGGCCACACUCAUCAGCGCUGUGCAGGAGAAUAAACCAAAUCCAAAGACUUUCUUCUAAGUCCUGUCCCACUGACUCGUUGUUUUUUAGACCUAAAUUCAACCGUCCAGAUUCUGUACAUUUUUAGACAGAAUUUAGACGUCGCACUUUAACCCAUUAUUCAAUGACUAUUUAUUCCAAAAAGCAACUGUGAGUUGCAUAACUGAUCUCCAAGUACUUAACCAAAAUAAUUAUGAUAGCUGUCGAGCAAAAUACAGUUAGACCUCUGUUAGCAUGCUAGUCUAAACUUGGUCUAAAUUUAGACGUCUGAAAAAACGUUCAUUAUUAGACCUGUGGUAGCCUAGUUUUAGACCAGUCGUCUAGGCGACAUUUAGACGUGUUUUAGACUGAAAAAUGCUCAGUGGGGUUAGCUACAAAAUUGUGACCGAGUGUUGAAAUUUGUUUUAAAAUCUGAAACAUGAACAUGUGGAUGUAAGGUUACAUUACAAAGUCCUCAUUCGAGUCCUGAAACACACAGUUUGUGAGUCUGUGAGCCCCAAACUGGACUGUAAGUAAAACGCCUCAUUGAUCAAAUCAGUGAGCCAGAGUGAAGCCCCGCCCACAUCAGAAAUUAGAACCACAGGAUUGGUCACUGACAGUUAGCUUUUGAAUGAGUCGAUAUAAAGUUAUCAGAACUGUGAAACUGCAGUAUUUCAGAGAAGUCGUGUCAUUUCAGAACAAAGGAGGACUGCUGUUGUUUCCCCUCUGACCCUCCGACUCUGAGUUUUUGUUGUUGAUCGAGACCCUUUCUGCCUUUCUGUUGUUUACUUUGUGUUUACCUGUAUAUGUGUGAGUAUUUUCAUACACUGCUGCUCUUCCUCUCAGUCUGGAUGUGUCCUCUUCUCUGCAGGAACAUCGCUGCAUUAAAAGAGUUUUCCGUCUGAUCUUUAUUUUCUGAGGGGCUGUAUGAAUUACGGUGGGAUAACUGAAUAUUUUUGUAUCUUGUGUGCAUGAGAAGAAUCUUAUAAAAGUAAGUGUGUGGGUCUAUCUCA